AUGGCAAUCCUGACAGGGACUUCAGGCAUCAUCACAAGUCCUUCUUAUCCGGGAAAUUAUGGUAAUAACCACAAUUGCAAAUGGAAAAUCAUGGCAAGUACAGGAAAUCGCGUCAAGUUGGUCAUUCAAGACAUGGACAUAGAAAGUGGGACUGGCUGUCGCUACGACUAUAUACAAAUUCAAAAUGCUGUCAUAUAUGGUAGUGGUGUGUUUCCUGGGCGUUUAUGUGGUUCACUCACCAGCGAUUCGACUUUUUCUUCUUACCACGAAACCUUGAUUGUAUGUUUUGUUACUGAUGGUUCUGUAACAGCCCAUGGAUUUAAAGCAAGAUACACUGUUAUUCCUGGUAAGUAGGAAGAAUUAUGUUUUGCAGUGUGUCUCGAUGUUGCUUAGUAACGCUAGCGACAUGCGCAUUAGGACGUAGUUUUACCAUGUGCUCUUGCCUAAUGGCGGACUUUGUACAUCACGUUUGUUUGUUAUAAGAUUAAAUCCUGUUGAGAUUUCAAGACAUGGUGGCAGCGGUUAAACCAGUAAAAUGCUGAAGUUAAGCCCUCCAGAGAAAUUUGAUUUUUCCAAACCGCUCGACUGGCCAGAUUGGAAGCAGAAUCUCCUGCGAUUUCGACUCGCGACGAAACUUCACAAAGAGGAAGGCGCCGUGCAAGUCAGUGCUCUCACUUACACAAUGGGAAGAGAAGCAGAACAUGUGUAUAAGUCUUUUACCUUGGCUGAUGGAGAUGAUGCAAAAUUCGACGUGAUUUUGGCGAAGUUUGAUGAACAUUUCGUGCCGAAACGGAACAUAAUUCAUGAGCGGGCACGUUUUCACAAAGGAUCCAAAAGCAAGGAGAGACAGUCGAAUCGUUCGUACGAAGUCUUUACGAAUUAGCCGAACACUGUGAUUUUGGUGACAGCCGUGAUCAGCAAAUACGGGACAGAAUUGUCAUUGGAAUUCUUGAUAAAGGUGUGUCGCAGAAAUUACAGUUAAAGUCGGAUUUAACGCUAGAAGUCGCGAUUCAAAUAGCUCGCCAGUCGGAAAUGGUCAAGUCUCAGGUUACUGAUCAGAAUUCCCUCGCAUCGAAGGAGGUUGAAGAGGUGCACAGUAAGAAGAAACCGACUAAUCUGCGUUGGAAAAAGGGAAAAGGAAAGAAAGAGGAUCCAUCUCAGAAGCAAGGUCAGAAGAAGUGUGGCAGAUGCGGUCUUCAUCACUCAAAGCCUGAACACUGUUUAGCAAAAGAUAAACGAUGUUUGAAAUGUCAAAAAGUGGGUCACUUUGCAGCUGUUUGUUGGUCCAAGUCGGUGAGUGAGGUGAAUAGUAGUGGUGGUGGUAGUGCUUCAAAUGAUAGCAGUGUUGGUCGUUGGUUCUUAGGUGCGUUGUCAAGUGAUUUAGAUCAGGAUGACAAAUGGAAGGUCCAGCUUAAGGUCAGUGGUAAACCUCUGGUGUUCAAAAUUGAUACCGGUGCUGAUAUUACUGCCAUUUCAAAGUCUUCUUGUUUUAAAAGAAGUCAUCGUACCUGGAAGGUCCUUUUACUUGCCUGCAUCCAAAUGUCUUUACAGGUGAGAGUCAGAUCCAGGGGAGGGGCCCAGGGGGUCCGCCCCCCUUAGUUUUGGACCAAAAUCGCCCAAUCCCUCUUAUCUCAAGGUCUGGAUGACCGCCCCCCCAAUCUGAAGGUCUGGAUCCGCCGAUGCAGGUACAUUACAACGACCAAGUAACUUUUCUAUCACCAUUGUUGCCUCGGUCGCCUCGGGCAUCAGUCGUCUCAACCAGCCCACUUACAUCAUUCUGGCCCUAAGGUUUAACUCCUCAAACUGAUUCUGUUUGAGAGUGAUGCCUAGGUUACAUUUUGAAAGGGCAAAAAGUGCUGAACGAUAGGAUGAAACUAGAAAAUAACAAAGCCACGCCAUCUUGAAAAUUCAGCACUCAGGAGGGACUGGCUCUUCAUUUUGAGUUAUCCCGUAUAAGUCUUAGCGUUUCUUUGGACUCUUUAUUGUAUUAUCUACUCUUGCGUCAGUCUUCAAUCACCGUCCAUGUCCGAAGGUCCACUCAUCUCCUGUUCGUGAUUUCCUGAUGCACUAGUUUCAUAGUCUGGAAGGCUUCGCCCGAAACACUACUAGCAGAGCGUGGGGGAAGUGAUUGACUAGUCAUAAGCUUCAUGGGUGGGGAGGCUGAGUAGCUCCUCCUUGGACUUGGCUGUCUAGAGACUCAGUACAGGCACCUUGUAACAGUUAAGAGUCACGUCCGUAAUCUGGCGAACUGUCAGUCACUAAACAUUUAUCGAUGUACGUUUGAGCAACUUGUUGUUCUGAGUGAGUUUUGAUUUCAUUGAGCUUAAGUAAUUUGUAUUUAUAACUUUUCAAAAGAGACUGAGCGGUUUUCUAUUUAAUAAAAGUGAACUUAUCCAGUAAUUUGCAGUGACACCUAAAUCUGUGGAAAAUUGUAUAUACAUAUAUUCCAUUUACAUCUGUAACUCAAUGCGAUAUUUAAUUCCGUGGUCUAAUUCCUGUGAAUUUCAUGGAACUCCAUGGAGAUCAAUGGAAUUGGUUGCAGUAGUUUCCAUGGAAUUUCGUGGAACUUUUCCAUUGAAUUCCAUUGAAAUUGUUGUCCUUAUCCCCCAUGGAAUGCCAUGGAAAUUUUUUCCACGGAAAUCAAUGGAACUCCAUGGAGGUAUUUCUUACGGUACGUACCAAGUUAUUUUAAGGGGCUAUGUCACGCUAUUUUCUACCUUUUUAAAAAGUUAAAGCGUGUUUUCGAAUCAGUUGAAUUCAAAGAAUAAGACUAUAUUUAGGCAUUAAAACCGUUUCCUGUCGUCUGUUAAUAUGGAUGGUAAGGAUGAGUGAAACUUGAAAAAAUGGCCAGCCUUUUCAAUGCAAAAAAUUACCAAAAAAUAAUUAUGGCUAGUGCUGUCUGAUAAAUUUUGUUUGGGACCUUCUCCAUAACUCUAAAGGAGCAUUUUGUAUAAGUGUAUGGGCACUAAGUGAUGACUUCAGCACGUAAAAUUCCUAAAAACAGCAAUAUCCUCGAGACAAACCCCCUUUAACACCAGGAUAAAUUGACUACUAUAUGAUUAAAACGCCCGAUCACUGUUGUGGGAAGUCAGAUCUCUUUCUUUUUUCCACGAGCUUGACGUGGCGAGUGUUUCACCUUUUCUAAAACGAAAGGUGUUCUUAUUCUCUUGUCUUAAAGCGUCAGCGUGUCCAAAUAUGGCAAUCCUGACAGGGACUUCAGGCAUCAUCACAAGUCCUUCUUAUCCGGGAAAUUAUGGUAAUAACCACAAUUGCAAAUGGAAAAUCAUGGCAAGUACAGGAAAUCGCGUCAAGUUGGUCAUUCAAGACAUGGACAUAGAAAGUGGGACUGGCUGUCGCUACGACUAUAUACAAAUUCAAAAUGCUGUCAUAUAUGGUAGUGGUGUGUUUCCUGGGCGUUUAUGUGGUUCACUCACCAGCGAUUCGACUUUUUCUUCUUACCACGAAACCUUGAUUGUAUGUUUUGUUACUGAUGGUUCUGUAACAGCCCAUGGAUUUAAAGCAAGAUACACUGUUAUUCCUGGUAAGUAG